AUGAGGAUCAAACUUGUAUGGAUAUUAUUUUUGAUUUUGCCGUUUAUAUUGGUAACGACGCAACCAAUACAGACUCAAAUUCCACCGCAAACUUACAGAAAUGACGACCAAAAAAUAAAUUCUGCUCAAUUAUUACCAAAGCAUGAAAAUAAAUCAGAUGAAGACGGCCAGAUAAUAUCUGUUAGGAUAACUUCUUCCGUGGCUGUUGGAAGAGGAACAUUUGAUGGAAAACCAGGUCUUGGAACUCACGACAUUGAGCGGACUACCAUUGAACCUAUCACAACACCCACUGCUGAUUUUACAGGAUCUUUUGGAACAGAUACCAAUUAUGAAUCAAUGACUACUACUUUUCAGACAACAGAAGCUUUGACAGAUUAUCCACCCCAUCUUGCUGGUGCUAAUAUUGAGUUUAUCAAACAACUUCAAGCUAAAAAAGAAACACGAGCUUUACUUAUAUCUGAACCAGCAUAUCGAAUACCAACGAGCUAUGAAAUGUCAAAUAACACAGAACAAGAUCCAUUAAUACAGGAAACGAUUACUGGUAAAGUAAAUGAAAAUGAUAAAGUCAUUGAAGAUAUUCCUCUAGCUAGAUCAAUUCCCCUAUCUUAUUCAUCUAAUAGUUUUAUUCAUAGACAAGGAGAUAAUAAUCAAAAACUAACAACUGUCAGUUUUAACAUAGUGCAUGAGACACCAAAGCUAUUAAAUUACAAUAAACAAAAUUCAGCUAGUGGCGAUACAAAUCUCUCUGGAGAGAAGUUUUACAAUGAACCUGCAAGAGUUUACAGCGAACCUGCUAAAAUUUAUAGUGAACCUGCGAAAUAUUACAGCGAACCUGCUAAAAUUUAUAGUGAACCUUCGAAAUUUUACAGUGAACCAGCAAAAAUAUAUAGUGUACCUGCUAAAAUUUAUAGCAAACCAGCAAAAUUUUACAGCGAGCCAGCGUCAUUACAUUUAUCUCAAAAAUCAAUUCCAACUAAUCGUAACGAAUGGCUUCCCCAAACUGGUACUACUAAUUUCUCUAGUACUUAUAGUACUACGCCCUCUAAUCACCCUUACCUAAAAAACGUAGACAAAAUAAUUGAACAUCAACCUGAGAAGAACUACGAAAUUGAGGAAAAAGUAAGCGUUCAGACUGAUGGUCGCAGUCACGGUGAACAAGCUAACAAUCCUGAAAACUGCAAACAAGAAAACUGUAAAGUAGGAUAUGUUGUGGAAGGAAGACAAUUUAGAAAAUACCGCGUAGAAGAAAGGACAUCAGACGGCUUCAUAGUCGGAGAAUAUGGAGUAGUGAGAAACGAAGACGGGGCGUUGAGAGGAGUCCGGUACACGGCAGACAGUGAAGCUAGUCCUCGUCUCAUUCACGAUGCACUUAUGAAGUUCCUACAGCUCAAGUAG